AUAAUGUUAUGUAGUGAAACAAGAAUUGCAGUGGAACUACGUCACUAAGCACUCAUAACACCAAAAUAGCAAUAUUGUGCCUUUCAAGUUUUCAACUUCCACUUGUUAGUGCUCUUUGUAACUUCCCUUUCAAACUCUACUCUUUAAAUCCUCAAGUUUUCAGUUUAAUCUUCAUUGGCUUUUUAAGGUUUGUUUUCCAAGUUGAGUCCAUGUCAGUGGCAGCUAGUCCAGCACCUCCUUUAGGAGACCAUUUGUGUGAAAAUGGAUUUGAAUGUGUUGAAAUUCUCCCUGCCACCAAUGAUGCACAUGGAGGAGUCAUUGUUGACUUGAAAGAUAGGAUGGAUCCCGAAGUUUUCGCUUCUUUGCUUAAAUCUUCGCUUUCGAAUUGGAAGAAACAGGGAAAAGAUGGCGUGUGGAUCAAGUUACCUAUUGAGCUUGUUAAUCUUGUUGAAAUUGCAGUUAAGGAAGGUUUCUGGUACCACCAUGCUGAGCCAAGCUAUGUAAUGCUAGUUAACUGGAUUUCCAAAACAGGCUGCACAAUCCCUCCAAACGCUUCUCAUCGCGUAAGAGUCGGCGCCAUUGUCUUGAAUGAUAAGAAAGAGGUGCUAGUUGUAAAGGAAAAAAGAGGUAGAUUCCAUGGAAUUGGUGCUUGGAAGCUUCCUACGGGAGUAGUUGAUGCAGGUGAGGAGAUCUUUGAAGCCGCAAUUAGAGAAGUAAAAGAAGAGACAGGAAUUGAUACAGAAUUUGUGGAGGUACUAGGAUUCAGACAGGAACAUAAUUCAUUCUUUGAGAAAUCAGACAUAUCAUUUCUUUGCAUGUUGCAUCCUCUUUCUUUUGACAUCAAAAAGCAAGAACUUGAAAUUGAAGCAGCUCAGUGGAUGCCAUUUGAAGAAUAUGCAGCACAACCAUUUAAUCAGAAGCAUGAGCCCUUCAAGUACAUAAAUGAAUUAUGCAUAGCAAAGAUGGAAAAUGUGUAUACUGGAUUUUGUCCACGUCUUGUCUCAUCAUUUUUCUCUAAGGAUUUUAGUUAUAUAUACUUGAACACCAAGGACUUAGACAAGUCUUCUUCAUGAGUCUCAUGAAUCAGUCUUAUUCUUCAAUUAUAAGUAAAAAAAGUUAAUUAUUCUAUGAAGAUUUAGUGUUGGUAUUUCCUAAAUAAUCUUACAUUAAUUCUUAAUGUUGUGAGGUUAUGACCAUUAUAAUUAAAGGUAGAUUAAUCAAUGUGUUUUUUAUACAAUUAAAAAAUUAACUAUUAUCUUUUAAAUUCACUUUUAUUUUUUAUGUAAGAAAAACACAUUUAUUAGUCUACCUAUAAUUAUAAUUGUAAUGUUCAUAAUAUUAAGAGGUAAUGUACAAGUAUUUUUAAAAUACUAACAUUAAAUAGGCGUAGAAUAGUUAACUAUUAUACUUAAUAAGGGUGGAAAUAUUAUUUAAAAUUGAGACUUGAGGGUGUAGUUGAUUUUGAGAGAAAUUUCUCUCUUGUAAAAUGUUUGUUGCAUGUAAAUUUCUAUCUUCAUAUCAUAAUUCCAAUAUGCUAUUUGUAUUUUAAGGGA